AUGUCCGGAGUAGGCGAGGCUCUUGCCAUUGUCAGUGCCGUCGCCGGCUUGAUCCAAGCCUACGAUGCUGGCAGUCGCAUUGUCAGGCAGAUCAAGGCUCGACGCCUCGCCCACGACGCCCUACCACCCUCGGACCACCUCGAAGAAUCUGUCGAAGAGGGAAAGAGAGCUAUAGAAGAACUUGUUGCCAAGGGGACAAAGCGAUUCGGCCCCAGCUUCGAGGAGGGCGAUGUGACUGCACAGCUUGCCCUUUACCAGAUCACCAUUGCGACCCAGAAUGCCUUGCUGGAGAGUCUGGCCGAGGCCAGAUAUGACGACGGUGUCAUCGACUUUGAUACUUGUAUCGACACCUCGGAUAAGGCCCGCAUGGAUGCCCUGGGUGCCCUGGCGGACCUCUACAAGCGCAAGCUGGAGGAGGAGCAGGAAAGAAAGAAGAGGGAUGCUGCCAGUGAGAGCCAGCAGCAGCAACAGCAGCAACAACAACAACAGCGACAACAAGUUCAGCAGCGGCCGCCCCAGCCAAACCCAGACCAGAAACUAUCGCCGCCGCCUCAGCAGCCAACGCAACUACCGACCCCUCCGGGCCAGACUGCACCGGCUCAAGCAGUUCCUGCUCCCAAGCCCGAGCAGGCUCCGUCACCCAAUCCUCCGCCGAAGAAGGUCAAGAAGUCUCGGACAUUCAACGACGUCUUCCGUCGAAAAGAGAGUGGUUCACAAUCUGCGACUCCCAUGGACACCAUCCCUCAAGCAGCUGAGCUGGAUCCUUCACCAAGAGCCUCGCAACAAGACAUGCCUAUCCCACACAACCCGCGCCGCAACACUGCUGCCUCCACAAGCUCCAGCAACACGUUUUCCAGCAUGGAAAGUCGAAACUCGACUGUAGGAUAUGAGGACCCAGUCGGUCUUGGAGUCUUGGUCGCUCCCACGAAUACUCGUUCGGACACGGGCUUUUCCUCCAUGACGACAGUGUCGCGGCACGGCACGACGUUGUCUACUGCAACCACCAUCUCGCCCAUCACCAAGUACGGCGGCUUCUGCAAGCAUGCAUAUGAUCUCCGAGAAGGCUCCAUUAAAAAGGGCCUCUCACUGGCACCGGCCAGUGUCUAUAGCGGAAAGCUGGUCUACAAGUGUGCAAGCAGCAAAUGUCAAUUCACGGGAAAUGCCAUACAUGACAAAAGUGGCUACCACGUCAAUGACAAAAUCUUCAGCUCGCCGUCCGGCAUCCAGUGGCGCUGGAUGUUCUUGGCCAAGUCGCAUAUACAGCAGAAAGAACCCAAGGACCCGUCCUUCCGUUGUCUUGUAUGUCUGAUGCUGGGAGACGAUUCGGGCAUCUAUCAUGGACAUGAUGUUUUGCUUGCCCACCUCGUUGGCCAUCAAGGAGCACUCCUGGGUGGAACCAGACUUGAAGGGCCAUUGCUUUUCACCAACCAUGGAGUUCAACCCGACUUGACCGACGAUUUCGAUGUCAGGUUUCCGACCAGUGAACCCCAUGGGAGUCAUGAUCAACCAGAAGUUCAGCAUGGAGGGGCCGCUGUCGUUGUGGCCGGGGGGCCCACACAAUUAGAUCUCGGCACCAGAUUGUCGGACGGGGUGUCCUCCAAGGCGCCGACUGCGUUUGCAUAUGAGGCAGGCGACAAUCCUUGGGCUUGA